GCAAAAGAUAUUCUCUUUCUUUAAUCUGUGCAAUUGCCACCAGCUCGAGUUUCUUUCCCACAGCUCACAUCGCACCACGUUUGACAGCAGUAUUCAGGUUACCUGAGUACCUGACACAAGCUGUAGUAGUUGUGUUAGUGUGUUAAUUUUGCAAUAAAGUUUAACAGGCAUGGGAGGAAAAAAUGAUGUACAUAUGACUUCAAAAUAGUGAGGAUACCCAAUGGUUUCAUGCAAUAUAAUAGAAAGGUGCUGGCUGAGCUAUAAAAAACCACCUGAAAAAAGUCCUGAUUAUCUUAAUGAGCUUAACGACUUACAAGUGGGUGAGUUUCAUUCGCUUGAACAUGACAUGUGCAUAUGGUGAGGACUACAAUCAAAUCCUCUCUAAUCCCUUCAUCUGCUUGUCCUUCACAAGGUGCACAAGAAGUCUGCCUUGUUGAAGCUGCUUGAAACUGUCAGUCCACUACAGGAAAAAGGAAAAUUUAAUUCAGGGACAAUUCAAGUAACAUUCUUAAAUAUUUUUGUAACAGUAGAAUGUAUUUUUCUUUUUAUUUCCAAGGACACAUACAGACUGUCAAACGCAAACGUGUGCUCAAUGGUUAACCAUCUGACACUGACAAGUGCAGCUGUUGGGUAAGGCUCUAAACCUACCUUAUUUCAGAUGGAGUGUUUUGCCUUUUUUAUGCCUGGAUUUACAGAUUUGAGUUCUACAAACUGAAAACAGAGAUAGUUUUGAGAUGGGCUGUUCCCCAUCAAGGGGAAAUAAAUUCAAUGGUGCUCAGAGACCAUUCAGCAAAGGGAAAACAUUGCUGCCAGGGACCAAGGGAACCUCAGAGGAUGGACAAUCUGAUGAUGGAGGAAGUGUAAGCUCUGGUGGUGGUGAGACAGAUGGAGAAUUUUGUGAAAAGAGGACAAUAGGAGAAGAGAGAUUGAACCAUGAUACAAUUUCUGUUCCUUUAAACAAGAAACACCCUGUAGGUGAACCAGGAGCAGCAACAGUUACAUCAGAAAGAUUGGACACACAAGAGAUUACAAUAAAUGUAUCACCCCAACGAAAAGAGAAACAAAUAGAAAAGGAAGAUGAAAAGACAUAUGAGAAAAGGGGUGCAAGGAAGUCAAAGAAUCAGAAAAAUGCAAAAUCAAGCAAAAAGAAAGAUAAGGGGAGAAAAUCUGGAACUGAGAAGAAGGUGGACUUUCCAGAGCAACUUGUGAAAGCCCAUCAAGCAGCAUAUGGAUAUCUUAAUCCCAGUAUUGACAAAUACGAAUUGCUUUUGGGCUUAUUAGAUCAUGCAGCACAGACUCACAUUUCUUUGCAACCCAUGGUUGCUUUCAUGGCUCUGCGGUAUGAAGAGUUCAACCGAGGACUAGAAGAAAUUGUUGAAGAAGGAGAGAAGCUUUUACAAGACCAUGAGGGACAUUUGGCUUGGCCAUGCAAUAGGAAAAAUCUUACUUCCUCCGGCAAACCCAGUACAACCGAACCCCCACCUGACUUACUUCAACAGCUACUUCAGUAUACUGUCCAGAGGAUGCGAGUUGUAGGACAAUCAGUGAAAGGGAUUGGGGACACAGCCCUUGAGGAUGCAGUGGAUUAUUUUUCAUCUAUGUCUGAAGUCCUAGAGGAAAAACUGAAUGCAAAGCGUGCAAUUGAGGCUAGGCUAAUGCAGCUGCUAACUAGAAUUGAAGGCGCCUCAUUACGAAGACCUGGACCAGAGGACUCAACAUUGUUUAGUGAAGACAGUGGCAUUGGUGUAGAAAGUGAGUCACUGGCUGGAUCAGACAGACAGAGCCACCGCAAAGAAAGCUGUGAAUCAACUGAAUCCAGUCACACAGUUAUUUACAGUCCAGAAAACUCUACCCCCAUCCACCAAGGUUCCUCUAAAUGUCAGCUUAAUCAAAAAAUCAGCUACAGCAGCUCUGUAACCUCCAUUGACUCCACUUGUACCUUUACAGGUAAGGUAUUCAGAGAUACAGAAUCUUUGCUUGAUUCUGCCUCCUUGGAUGAUGGUGAGGAAGAAGAAGAGGACAACAUUGAAGGUAAUGAGGAAGAACAUUAUGAGGGUAAAAUGAGGAUGCGUUCAAGCUCUUCUCCACCUGAUCCUGGCCAUCAAACACAAUGCAUGACUACAAAGCGGAUAGAAAACCCACAAAAUGUAGAAAUGACAUUAAAAAUGAAGGAUGCCAUUAGUGAAAGGAUUAAUUUUGUUUCCUCUCAGCACUCUGGAGAAAAGAUAAAAACUCGGAUCUCAAAGACCAAUGACCAGCAGUGGAUGGAAGAGGGGGAAAAAAGUCCAAAAAGACCACAAACAGCUACUCAUCAAGCAACUAAGAAAAAAAUAGUUACAAAACAGCGUCGUUCAAGAUCAGCAGAGUCUCUUCGUAGUAAAGCGGAUGACCCCACACUUCUUGAACUGGAAAGGACGCAAAAAGAGUUGAGUAAGAGGUUGGAAAAAAUGGGAAAGGUCAAAACUGAACAAAAUUUUAAAAAAGAAAUUUCCAAGCAAAGAAAGCAAACACAGUCUGGUCCUAUAAAUUUAACUUCAUCAAAUAGUCAGCGAAAGGCACUCAGUGAAAAGAUAAUUACAGGAAAUCAGGAGGAAGAAAAGGAAAAAAAGAAAGUCUAUAAAACUUCCAAAGGACCCAUGAAGGCAACAUCCCAUCUAAGUCCACCAUCAUCACCCAAACAACUCUUAGCAAAGUGCCCCAGAGGAAAUUCUGUCAAGAAACUGAUUGACACCUUCAGUCAGGGAAUGGACGAAAGUAAACAGUUUCAUGAAAGUUCAAAAGGGCUUGGACCUCUUAAAGGGGUUAGGAAGUAUGGGAUUCCUGUCAUCCCAGGUUUGGGAAGUGAAGAUCCAUUUUCAUGCAUUAAAAAUGACAUCAUGAAUAAUCAAAGGGAAUCUACAACCUUAGAGAAUCAAGAUGAUAUUGACUUGGACAACCUACCACCACCUCCUCUGGAGGUCCUCAUGGAUAAUUCUUUUGAAAAUGUAGAAAUGAGCAAAACAGAUGAAAAAUUGAACAGAAGGGAACAGUCUACCCUGUCAAAGACAACCAGCAUGUCUCAAAGGCUCCGUACCUCCAUGCAAUCUGUUACAGUACUACCUAGCAAGGGAAGUGUGAGAAAGAGUUCUCACAGCAUAUCGCCUGCACAAAAUAUUGCCCUGCACCCCAGUGGGGUGGCUAAGAACAGCCAAGUUGCUUCCACAGCUAAUGCAGAUCUUAGGAAUGAGGAGGCUGCCUCGCUUUAUAAACAGGCUCGGAAAAUUAUCCACUUGCGAUAUUCAUCUAAUUCUCCCACAGAGAAACCUGCUGCUGACAAUGACAACAUUCAACAGCUCACUCAAAGAAGUAUCGAAAGAAAUCAGAGGGACAAAAAGAUUCCUGAAACAGUGCCUUCCAGUGAAACAGCUGGAAAUCAAUCACCUGACAAUCCAGAUGUAUCCAGGACCCGCAUGUUACCUUCUACACCUGUUGUACAUAGGAGGUUACCCAGUCCUCCUGUAUUUAAAAAACAACCAAUUUCUUCCAGCUCAGCCAGUCCAUUAAUAUUUCGCAAACUUCCUACCCCACCACCAGCCAGCCAACGGACACUACCCACUACCCCCACUACUCAAGAUGCCAUGCCAAGCUGCAUUUCUGGAGUUACCUACAGUUUUAAGGCACCAUCUCCCCCUGCCUCACCAAAAGUGCAGCGACGGUCUCGAGAUAACAAUAAUGAGGACUCUGCUUCAAGAGUAUUUAGCAAUGCUCGCUCAGUUUUUUGUCCAGCCUCACCAUCUUUGUUUGAGGCACAACCAUUUGUCAUACCUAAACCACCACAAGCAUGGACCUCCUCUGGAAGUAGCAUACUACCUCGCCCCUGGGGUGAGCGUGGUAAGCUGCCUAUGUCUGUCCGAGGGCCACAGCCUUUCAUUCGGCGUAGUCAGUCUGACAGAAGACCUAGUCUCAGCCUUCCACCUAGGGCACCAGUAGUAUCUAUUGCACAGUCCUGCGGAAGUGAACCAGCUAUCAGUACCCAAGGGCUGGAAGAUGGUCCAAUCAGAGAUACCUGGAACAAGCAGCUGGAGCUCAGAGAAGCAAAUCGCUCUUCCUCGCACCCAGACCUGUGCAUUGUGGGUCAGGCCUUACAAUGCGAAUGACAGACCUGAGGGCCAAGUAGGAUUAUGGAUUAUCAAACGUAAAUGGGAUUAAGACUGUUUUCCACUGGGAUGAAGAGGCAUAUUGCUGAGACACCUUCUUUACUUUACGUGACUGCCUUUAUUAAUUACGUAUAUUUCUAAAUAAAUUAUCUAUUCAUGAAAACUCUACAGUUAGUGUAUGGACAUUUUGACAUCUUUUAGAUGACUAAAUGACUGCAGAACCAGGACACAAAACAGAAUCAUACAGAGAGUAGACAUGGCUUAGAACUGCAACUACACAGAAAAUUGCAAAUAAAAAAAAAAUCAUGAAGAUGUGAAAAGUAUUCUGUAAGCAGCAUCGAGUAACAAGUGAAGGGGGAAGGACCAUUAGUGAGAUGGCCAGGAAAGCAGAGUGUGGGUGUGAGGAAACUGUCAAUGAUCGUGAUUAUUAGUGUGCCAUAAACCUCUGCAUAUCCAUGUGCCUUAAUGUCAGCUGUUUAACCCUUAAAUACAACGGUGUUUGGCAAACCAGCACUCAUAUCUAACACAAACUGAUUGCAACCAAACAUUAUAUAACUAACAUUAUAUUAUAGUAUGUAAUGGUCAAUUAUUAUUAUUUUUUUUACAAUUACACAAUAAAAUAAAAUUGAUCUUAUGAUUUGAUAUACAGUAUUCUUUUCAGAAUUAAUGUAGUUCAUAGGUACCUGCACACUGAUACUUCACUAGGUACUAUCACUGUCCAUACUAUCACUAGAGUGUAGCACACACAUCAGGAGUGUAGAACAAAUUGUGCAUUGUUUGACAUGAUAUGAAUGAAUAAUAAAUACAACAAAUGACAAUUUCUCUUUUUUAUUAGCAAACUGAAGAAUUUGAAGAAUCAUUAGGAAUGUUUACAACUUAAAGAUUUAAAAAAAAAAAACUCCUAAAACCAGAUUAAAAUAAAAAGCUUGU